UAAACGCUCGGCUGCUCGUGUUACAACAGCCUCCGGAGUAAAAUCAAAACUCCGUUUCUUCGAUUCAGAACCGUUCGGUUAUGGUGUCUAAAAGCCCGAACCCGGCUGAGGGCUUCUACUUGGACACAAAUGGAAUGACUCUUCCCGGGCUCGGACCCUUCGCCACCGCGGUUACUGCCACAACGACGGCCUCGACUUCCGCUUCUUCGGAGGACCCGAGUAUAAAGAUCCGAAAAGCCUACACUAUUACUAAGUCCAGAGAGAGCUGGACAGAUCCCGAGCACGACAAGUUCCUCGAGGCUCUCCAACUCUUUGACCGAGACUGGAAAAAGAUUGAAGCAUUUGUUGGGUCUAAGACUGUUAUUCAGAUACGUAGCCAUGCACAGAAGUACUUUAUGAAGGUUCAAAAGAACGGGACAAGUGAACAUUUGCCUCCACCUCGGCCAAAAAGGAAAGCUGCUCAUCCAUAUCCUCAGAAGUCUUCAAAUAAUGCAGCUCCAGUGAUCUUGCAAGUGUCCGGAUCUUUUCAAACCCCAUCUACUUUGCUUGAAUCUGGAUUUGUCUUAAGGCCUGAUUCCUCAUCAAUCCUUAGGGAUCCUAUUACUGGUGCUGCUGCGUCUUCCUGUACAAACAACAGUAUGCAGACUAUUAAUAUAUUGCAUAGGACAAAAGUGCCUAUAGUGGCAAAUAACUGUUGCAGUAGCACUAAAAGCACCCCGAGAGUACCGCCAACUGUCAAAACAAUUGACAAAGGAAAUCAUAACCAUCCAUUAAGAGUUCUGCCUGACUUUGCUCAAGUAUACAACUUUAUUGGUGGUGUCUUUGAUCCAAAUGCUACUGGUCAUCUGCAGAAGCUAAAAAAGAUGGACCCUAUAGAUGUUGAAACGGUGCUACUGUUAAUGAGAAACCUAUCCGUCAAUCUGACCAGCCCUGAUUUUGAGGAUCAUUUACAUGAUUCUGGUCCUGGCAAGUCUACUUUGCCAUGUGUUUGUCUCAAAUCUUAACGUCUCGACACUAUUCCUAGUUCAGGUACUGCACCUCGUUGAUACUGAGAAGGUUGCUGUCAUCCUAUGAGAUUGAAACAGACACAAUCACCUAUGGUGAAGCUGAUAAAGCCUUGUAUAAUGAUCCGUCCAAGAAUGUUGUGUAACAUAGGUAGAAAAAAUGAGAACAAGUUUUUGUUCUUACCUUGUUUGUUGUGCUCGUGCUCUCUUCAUAAGAUUAGUUUCUGCACAACCAACACUGACACUGCAAGGGGAAAGGUGACGAUACGACGGGUUGAAGUCCUUGAUGUUGAUGAUGAUCUGCUGCAUUGGUUUGGGAGUAGUAUUGCAUAAAGUAAGGCCAUUGGCUAAAUAGUUUAGCUUAUAACUGUUUGCCAUUUUGGCGUGUCAUGUAUAUAUCCGACAGACAAAAGAAAAGGUAGUGGAUUAAGUGUACAGUGUCGAGACUUGUUGCUGUCAAGUUUAGGCUUUUCUUAGGAUUAAUUUGCUGAGAAAAUGUAAUAUUAUCUAGUGUAUGCCAGUGUAAUCCUGUCACAAAGAUACUAAAUGGUGAGUUGCUCUGUAUAAUUAAAUACCUUUUGGUUUGUCUA